CCGCUAGGACACCGUGCAAACGCGAGGUUAUUGUAUCUUUUCACUUUUGUAGCCAACUUCAGUUCGUAAAUGUUCGAUCUCUUUUAGCAACGUCGAGACUUGCUCGUAUAGGAAUUGCGCGUUUCGACAUGGCUUUAUCAGUUGGACUACCGUUAUCUGGGUUGGAGACAGAAAAAUUUAACUCGUUUAGUCAUAUCAUAGACAUAGCAGGUCUUGCGAAGUCCCAGACCAGUCCAAGCCCAUCUGUCUCCAGUGAAUCUAGUGGCAUCGGGUCAUUAGGUUCGCUCAAGUCCGAGUCCCUUAACAAUGACUCCUUGCCAUCUAGUCCUCAGACCACAGAGAAGAAGUUAUUUCAACCUUUACCGCAACCUCAGCCACGUCCGAUAGAAAAGCGUGAUGUCAAAGUAGUUAGUGGAGGCAGAGAUAUCCUUAAUCUAAUGAGUAACUUAACUGAUCCUCGAUGGAACUACCGUGCUACAGUGCUGCCUCCUAACAACCCUGCACUGUUCUUUGCUAACCGCUCACAGUAUCAUCGAUUGGGACCGUAUGGAACACGCACACAGUAUGUAAAAGAUUCCUGCCGUGAAUGUGGCUUCUCAUGGGUUGUAGCCGCUACAGACUAACAUGACCAAGAGUAAUUAUAAACUCAAACCAUGAGUGCUGAAUCACAUCAAGAUAGUGUCAUAUUAAGGUGCUUAAUGCCGCACCAGCAGCUUUAGAUGAAUUUUAGUACAAUGGACAUGUUUUGAUAUUGUUACAACAACAUACUGUCGUCACAUAUUCUGACAGAUGCCUAUUUAUAAAAUUAUUUUGCAAAAUAUGUACAUGAAUUAUAAAUGCUUACUUGCAUUGUCCUUAAGUAUUAAUUCUAUCUUGAUGUGAGUUCAGCCAUAGUUGAUGACUGUGGAAUAUGUAUAUGAUUGUCGUCCCAUGAAUUUGUAGAAUUACAUUUUAAAUGUGACUUAAAACUGUGAUCUUAAUUUAAACAAAUCAAUUUUUUGACAACUCUAUAAAUGCGCGACAAUGCAUAUAUGUAUUUGUUAUUAUGUUUUUUUUAACUUAUUGUGUGAUAAUUUUAAGUUUUACGAUAUUUAUUUUAAUUACCCACAAAGAAAUCGGCAUUUUAGAUCCAAUAAUGGAUCAAUACUCAAACCUCAAAUUCCAUAUCAUAAGUUUAAUGUAGACAGAAAGUUUUCAUAUUAGGGUAUUACACUACAUUUAGUUCCUUUUAGAAAUUUUAAUAAUUUAUUGUCCAAAGAAUUUAAUUGUUGUAAAUCUUCAAAUUAUAUUAAAUUAAUGGAAUAGUCUAUGUGCAGUAAUUGGUUCUAAUCAAAUAUGCAGUUGAUUUAAAUCUAUUCUUGUUUUUAUGACCCUUAUAAUUUGAAGGAAUAUUUUAAAUAUGAUAUUAACAUGAGCACAUCCCACCAUUUAAUCAUUCUAAUAUUGUGUGUGCAAUUCAAUUCCGCUUAUGAAUUUGAUGUAUUCCACAGUCAUUUUUGAUUUUAUGGAGAUCAUUAAAACAAAAGGCUGCUUCUUGUAGAGGAUUUGACGAGGUGGCACGAAUUUAAGCCAAGCUAGGUUAAUUUGUAGGUCUUAUUAUCGAUGUUUGUUGGUUGUACCGUCCGUGCAUUACACUAUUAUGGCAUAAUCUAGUGGACAAAUGUUUCCCAAAAUCUACUUCCUAUUUACUCAGUGCUUCACCUCAUUAAUUGACGAGCCCGCUACUAAUGAAGUGGGUUAUCAGUGCAUAUCAUCACAAACUUAAACAGUGAUUAGGUGUUCUAAGGUAUUAGUAGUUACAGACCGUUUUAAAAGGUUUUGAGUCAUUAAUGUGCCCAGAUACUGGGUUCUAGUGAAAUUAUAGUAAGUGUUAUUAACAGACUGGUAAAUCUCUAUGUAAAUGCAUUAUAAAUUGUAUCUGUGGUCUCUUUAACUUAGUCAAGAUAUUUAAUAGUGUGAGUCUCUUAAUUAUUAGUAAGUUAACAUAUACUAACUGAUCAAAACUGUCCUUUUGUGCAACUAAAAUUCUGCUCUGUUGUGAUCAGCUUUAAUUGGAACUGGAAUAUUUGUAUGUUAAAAUUUCUCACAAAUUUAUUUUUAUAAAUGUAAUAUAAGUGACAAUACUGUGUGUAGGUUUCAUAAAUUUCGUUUAUAUUAUUGUUAUCUAGCUUCGAGGUUUGGCAAUUUUUGGAAGGGACCAACAAAUCAUUUAUUUAUUUGUUACAAUAUUAUCAGUAAGACCAUUUCCAAAUCAGUGUGAUAUCACAGUCCUAGCUCACAUUGCAUUUUAUCAAUCGCUUUAUCUCUUAUCAUGUAUUUGUUUCAUUCGUUUCUUAUUUCUCCUUUUGUUUAAUGGGCUAUGAACUAAAUAGGUUGUAUUCAAAUAGGUGAAUAUUUACAAAAUUUUAUUUUAUCUUGUUCAGCGGGCCUAGACUGAACACAAUAUAGCAUGGAUCUCAGAAUGCAGCUAAUGAAAACCUAAUUUGCCUGACAGAUACAUUGCUUCCAUCAAAACACUUGUAAUACAAUGGUGACAACCUAUUGUGAUACUUGAAAAUGUGCUUUUUGAUAAAUAUUCUAAUCUUCAUACCAAUAAAUGGUUACUACCAUUGUAUACAAGUAGAUGUGCUUCAGUUGCAUUCAAUGUUUGUUAUGGUUGAUUUAGAUCGGGUUGCAUUCAGAUAUAAUUUAAGUUAAAUAUAUGACAAAGUAAAUUCGAAUGUAGUUCAAAGUAAUGUGUUGGGAGCAAUACGCACAUUAUUCAGUAACUGUUGUUGUGAAGUCUCGUUAAGUUAGUCGUAUGGUGGGGCCGAAGAAGAACUUGCCAUUGCCCGAACCACGCUAGGCCGAGGCGCGAUGCAAUAUUUGCAUUCCAGUUUUGUUUAAGGUUAGCAGCCGAGGUUAGGUAAUUAUUUUAUCCACAUUGCCAAAUAUUUUGGUUGUUGUGCUAUUUAUUUGAAUGUGUUAUCGUGAAAUCAAAUUGUAAGUACCUUCCAUCGCUGUGUCAAAUAAUUUUUAUAAUGUUUUAAAUCAUUUCAAUUCUAUGCAUUUUUAUUUUGUUUAGUCAAUCAUAAUUAUUAUAUUAGUGUUUUGUAGUUUAUAUAUUGUUCAUCGUAUUUAUAUUUCACAUUGAACUGUAGUCAAAUGACAGUAUUUUUGUAUUGCAAAUUGUAUGGGAAUUGAAGGGUUUAGAAGUGAAGCGUUCUUUGCAGAAGCGCGGUCUGAAUGUAUAUCGAGACUUAUUGGUUUUUCUGUCUGCGGACUGAUACAAAAUGCAAUUUCAAUAACUCGUAUACCCUUCAGGUCGCUAUUGACGUAAUGUGCGCUCCGCUUGUAUUACAAUAUAUCUGAUAAGCAUUAUGUAGGUUUAGCGAAAUAGAAUUAACAAGGAGAUAAAACUCCAGUACCAAAUCUUUUGUUGGUUUAAUGUUGUUCUCGUAUUAUGGUGAUAUGUGCGUCGGGAGCGGCGCAGAGCUCAAUAUUUUAGUAACCCUUAAGAAAAUUAAUACCUCUUUUAAAAAGAAUAUAUAUUUGAAAUGUAUAUUAUCCAAUAUCACUAUGUAUUUCCCUGUUUAUUUUGAUGUGAUAUCAUAAAUGACUGAUCUGAAUUUAGUUGUUAAGUUGGUUAUUGAUAUGCAGUGCUAUUUCGAGUGUAAUUAAGAUUUAAUAUUGAAGUGCCAAUGCUCGUAAUUUAAUCUUUGACUGUUCCUUUAAAUAGCUUUGUAAGGGGGCUCGCAGGUGAGCCUCCACCUACUUCAAUAUAAGAAAUCUUCCAUACUAAGCAUACUUAAGUUCGAUUACAUAAAACAUUAACCACGUACGUGCACAAUCUCAGUAAAGCUUGCAAUAUAAUACGUGUUCGUCACUUAUUAUUUAAUCUGUAAUGUUAAGAGUACAAUAUGGUGUUAUAUCAUUCUAGUAUCAAUUUAGCCGAAGAUGUUAAUAUUAUUAAUUAGGUUAAAUUUUAAUAAUAGCUUCGUAUAAUUGGGAUGUUUUAGUAUUUAGUAGUUGUAGUAUGCAGAAAAUGUCUCGUGAGUGAAGUGAAUAAAGUGGCAAUAAUACUCGGACGUAAGUCCCUGCCAAGAGUACAGGGCCGCGCGGGCGAAUCGAAAGAUAGCGUUAGAUGAUUUAUUUGUUGUAAUUAUAAUAAUAGUCGUAGGUAUUUUGUCGUACUUAAUAAUUAUUCUUGCGAUGCCUUAAUUCUGGUUGUCAAUUAGACACGUCUGCCUAAAUGUUAUCAUUGUUUUUUUUUUUUAAUUUAAAAUUUUGAUGUUCCGGCUUCCUCCGUGAACUUCCAGUUCAGGCUGUUCUUUUGAAAUGAUUUUGAUGUCGAUUUAUUUUUACCUAAGUGUUCUUAUUAAAUGUUACCAAAAUGUUUUUAAUAAAAUAUUUUUAUAUGUA